AGCAGCAGACAACCAACCAUUUGUAAACAAAAACGGCCGUUCACGAGCUUUGAAUUUUUUUUUUAUCUCGUACUCGUUCAAUAUAGUUUUAAAAAAUGGAUGUAGAUUUCGAAAAGACUUUAAAAUACAAAGACCUUUUGUCAAAGUUUGUGAAAAUCAAAACAGUUGACCGUAGAGAGCAUUCAGGUUUGUUAAAAAAUAUCGAUCCUAUUACAGGAAAUAUGAUUGUUAUCACCUUUAACGAAGAUGAGUCUGCAAUCCAGGAUACUGUUUUAAUUAUGGGUGAUGCUUACACUGAAGUAGAAUUUGUGAAGGAUGCCAACAAUGAUAUUAGAAGAAUUCUUCAAAGCACGAAAACAGAACAGGUUAUCCCAGAUGAAAAUGUUUUGGAUCGGAAAAAUCGCUUAGUAUCCUUUGUAAAAUUAAGGAGGUUACCUGUUCAAGAAAAUAGUGAUGAAUCUUUACUUGUGUGUGGAAGUGUGAGAAUUUUACCUCCUUACAGAAGAGAAAGUUGUGUGUGCGAUAACUUGAUAAUAUUAGAAAAAGUAAUGAACAUGGUUGACUCUCUACCACCUUUGAAAAGCCAUUAAAAACAAAAUCCAUGAGAAUUGUUAAUACUUGCUGUGUUAAAGUAUUUUUCAUUAAAUUGUUCAUAUAAUAAAUUUA